AUGUCUUUUUCUCCGCCUCCCACCCCAGACCUCGACCGAUUAAGCAAGCUGCCUACUGAACUCUACCUUCUUAUCCUAGAAGAAAUAGGCAAAGAGACCAUAGGAAACCAGCAGAGAAACUGUCUACGCCCUUCACGUCCGGCCUGGGCAUCGCUGCCACCGGGUUUCCCGCCCUCGUGGGCCCUGGGGCGUGAGGAUGCAGCCACCAAUGCCGAUGCGAAGGAGCAUACGGAGUCGGUAUACCCCUCUAUAGACCUGCUGAACGCGAGUACAAUUAACAGCAAAUACCGUGAUAAAUAUCUCCAGAUCGCUCUUCGAUUGGAUGCUGAAAGCGAAAACCCGAGAGCCAUCUAUCACGCCGCUGUGAACAACCACACUACCCUUCUCCGCCAGGCUCUUGGCCAGGACGGGGCCCGGCCAGAUCAUGUGCCCCACGGCCUUGCGCUGCCCUUGAUCACGCCGCUGAUGCUGGCUGCCGUGCAAGGAAACGUAGAUGCCGUCGAUCUGCUUCUCGGCCAUGGUGCAAAUCCUGGCUAUGAGUUUCACUCGGCUGGAUUCAACGUCUGGCGACCUAGACCUGGACUCUUCAGCACGAGCUACGACACCAUGCUCAAGGAGCCGGAGGAUGUAGGUGUUGUGACCAAGGUAACCCCCGCCCAUUGCGCCAUGGCGGCUGUCCAGAAUGCCGACAGAAUCGCUUGGAAGAUACUGCGCGCAGCUCCGGAUGAGUUCUGGCCAAAUUCCGCCAACGCAAAUACCAAGCUUCUCGCCUUUGCGGUCGCCGCGGACCUGGUUGAUCUGAUCGAAAGCUUUGUAGUUUGGCGCGCAGACUUCAACCACGGCGGUCUCACAGUAGACUACCUAUCUAUUCCAGUCCUCCACCACGCCGUCUCGGGCGCAAUGGUCAGGAAACUGCUCGAUCUUGGCGCGCCGCUUCACACGCCACCCCAUGUUGGGCUCAAUGCUCUACAUGCCGUCUGUCUCCGUUCGACCGACUGCCAUACCGCGAUCGAGGAACUCGUCCGCCGCGGCGUUGACGUGGACGAGGCCACGGCCGGCGGAAGACAACGCAGCACUCUCAUCAACAUCCGCCCGUGUCUUCUCGUGAGAACCCCCCAGACUGCUCUGAACUUCGCCUGCAGGCGUCUCAACCUUCCGCACAUCAGGGCUCUCUUGAGACUAGGCGCGAACCCUCUGGGCGUGGCUCAGGCAUCGAAGACAACGAACUGCGACCACGACAAUGGCGAGUUCCGCAUGGUUACGCCGUUUCACGACCUAUUUCUCCCCGACGACCUAUCAGAAAGCCUCACUGCGGGCAGAGGCACCGCAUUGCGCAAGACUCUCUACGAGGUCGUUCGUGGGAUGCUGGCACACCCCCACGGCCGACGGGCGCUGUCGCUCAGACAAAGCGUCCGUUUCGAUACACGGGACGUGGAUUCCAAAAUCGACCAGAGGUACUGGGUCGAAAGGAGUAUCUUGAAGCGCGAGGAUUACGGUGAGUUCACCCCCUUUCAACUCUUCUUCAUGCGUCCACUGGUAGACGACGAGCGUAUCCCCGCGAUGAUGCUUUCCGUAAGCAAGCCGGAAAUCCGACUGCAGAUCAACAUGACAACACGGCCGUACGGUGUAACGCCUCUUUUGGCUCUCCUGAGUCAUCGCUUCGACCACGGCGUCGGCGAGGAAAGCUUCUACAGGCCCCAACUAGUCGAGUGGCUUUUGAAGAACGGCGCCGACCCGAACAUAGCCGACAGUGAAGGCUUCACCCCUCUUCACUACGCAGCCUUCUGGCUCGACGACAGAGCCGUCGAUUUACUGUUGGCGUACGGCGCCAGCGUCGAGAACCGCCACUUGGUCCUGCCCACGCCCUUGGAGGUUGUUCUCGGCCGCGUUUAUACAGAAGACCACGGGACGGUCGACCUGCGAGAUAGCAUAUGGAGGCAGAUGGUCAGGCUAAUUGAGCAGGACCGUGAGCAAGGACCGGCAGACAUGUUUGGCAUUCAGUCCUGCAUCAAACGUUGGCAGCCUGGCGGCCCGCUGCCGCUAUGUAGUCUUCCUGGUUUCGAGGUCAAGUUCAGACGCCAUGUCUCGAGUGGCGUUUUCUUCUACAACGAGAGCGGCGAUCAGAGCCUGCACGAGGAACUACGGAAGACGGGUCUUGUUCCGGUGUUGACCCAGCAUGCACUCGAGCGUAAAGCGCGCAUCUUUGAGGUCCUCUUACAGGCCAACGGGACCCUCCCUUUGCCCAUCCCGAGGUGGUAUAACUGGUCUCAAGGUAAGGUCUACAGGAACAGCGUUCUCGACUGGGCGGCCGCGACGGGCCAGCAUCAGUAUUUCCUCGAGAGGCUUUGGGCAAUGGGUGGGAUGGAGUUGGUCGGGGACGUCCGCCCCUCGUUCGAGUACAAGACUGUGGGUUGGGGAGAAUCCCGUGAGAAUUGGGACCGUUACAAGAGGAUGGUCGUUGAACAUGCCGUGUAUCAAUAG